AUGGGUUUGGGGGUGGUGGGGCUGGGGUUGGAAGCGCCCAGGCCCAGGGUCUUGAGUGGGAGCGAGCCUCAUGAGGGACCAGCACUGCGGUUCCUCAGGAGAGAAGCCAAACCUGCAAGUGAAGAGCUGAAGCGGCUCAAACAGGACAGGGGUCAGGCGGUCAUCACCUGCCCAGGGACACAUGAGCAGCGCAGGGGACGAAGUACCGCAGAGGACCUUGAGACUUCGGGUUGUAGAGACGCCAGCUGCCCCUUCACACCCUUCUGGAGCUGCUCGCGAUCCCCAGACGCACAGGCCCCAGCAGGACAGGCAUAUUCCAGUGGCGCAGUCUUAUCGCUGGGACGGAAGGCAAAGACACGCAGCCAGGAGAACCGAUUGCAUUUCUGCGAGAUGCCACCAAAUUCGGUUCAGCAGCCACUCAAUUUGGCCACGGCUUUUUUGGAUCCUGACCCCCUGCAGACCUUUCUCCAGGCACUCGGGACCAUGCUGGGUGUAGCAGGAUUCUGCACCAAGAGAACCGGCUGUGAGCUGAGCUCCCCGAAGCGGCGGCGGCGGCAGCAGCGAGGCUUGGUCUCUGGCCCCUUCACUCCGCGCCUUCUGCAGCCGCCACUGCAGCCGCGCGGCGGGGGCUCCCUCCCUGCAGCCAGCUGGUGGCCCCAGGUAAGGGACGCGGUGCGGCUGAAGGUUCCAGGCUGCUGGGUGGUGGGGCGCGAGCGGGUCGGACAGCCCCGGCGGCCUGCGCAGGCACCCCUGGCCAUAGCUUCGGCCCCCACCCUGCCCAGACCCGGCUUGCGCGCCUCGUCUGUGCUCCGCAGUGCAACAGUUUGCAGCUGCCUCUCGAGCACGGCAAGGGGGCUCUGCUGUGUGCUGCGGGUCUACCUGGCUCUGGUCCCCGGGAAGAGCCUCGGGCUGGGGUUGGGGAGGCCGGAGGGAAGAGGCGGAGUGGGAUGUGGUUGCUGUGGUGCCCCCUUGGGAAUGGGACUUAAGGGGCCUGAAGCCGGCCGGGGAAGAGGAGUCUGGAGGGGAAGGGAAGAGAAGGCAGUACUGCGCACCCGGAGCCCGCUUGUUCGGCGCUUGGGGGUGGGUGCUGGGAAGGCCUGUUCUCUUUGCAGCGUGGUGCCUUGGGAGAGGAAAAGGGCGCGCGGACACGCGUUCCAGGCGGGGCCAGAGAGGACCUCCUGGGCACCGCUCGCUUCCUGGCCGGCUUGCUUGUCCGCGGUUGCUCUCUCAGCCCUUCGCUCGCGCGUGCAUCCCCUCCCGCACCAGGGAGUAGUUUUGGGUGGCGUGGGCUCGUCCUCUUCUUUCCUGGUGGGACGGUUGCCCAAGAGAGGAAGUCUGGUGGGCCCGGCCCCUCCCAGCCCAGCGCCGAUGAGUGCCAGGGCGCCCAAGGAGCUGAGGCUGGCCCUGCCGCCGUGUCUCCUCAACCGGACCUUUGCUUCCCCCAACGCCAGCGGCAGUGGCAACGCGAGCGCCCGUAGCCCGGGCGCGGGCGGCAGCGGUGGCGGCACCUGCAUCACGCAGGUGGGACAGCAGCUCUUCCAGUCCUUCUCCUCCACGCUGGUGCUGAUUGUCCUGGUCACCCUUAUCUUCUGCCUCAUCGUGCUGUCCCUCUCCACCUUCCACAUCCACAAGCGGAGGAUGAAGAAGCGGAAGAUGCAGCGGGCGCAGGAGGAGUACGAGCGGGAUCACUGCAGCAGCAACCGCGGCGGCCGGGGGCUGCCACCGGUGGGCGGCCAGGCCCCCACCCAUGCGAAAGAAACCCGGCUGGAGAGGCAGCCCCGGGACUUGGCCUUCUGCACCCCCUCCAACGCCUCCUCUUCGUCUUCGUCCCCUGGCCUUCCACGCCAGGGUCCCUGUGCCGCUCCACCUCCCCCGCCGGCCCCCAGUCCGCAAGGAGCACACGCGGCCUCCUCCUGUUUGGACACAGCUGACGAGGGCCUUUUGCAAACGGUGGUCCUGUCCUGAUUGUUUAGCCCCCGCCUUCCCCUUCCUCAUUUCCAGCAUCUUUGCCGUCCUUGCUUUUUCCCUCCAUCUUUCUUCUUCCACUUUUCUCUCCCCCCCCCCCCCCUUUCCCUGUCUGCCCUCCCCUUUCUCUGUUCCUCCUCCGCCGAGGCACUGUGCGGCAUUUGUAAAUACUGGGCGAGGAAAGUCUCAAAGAAGAAAUAAUGCUGAUAAUACUUUAUUAUUAAUAUUUAUAGUAAUUAUAUACUAAUAACACAAUCCAAGCGCAUGACAAAUCACCUAAUUUCUCAUUGUUGAUGAAGGAUGCGUCUUCCCUCUCCACCCUGCGCCCUCCCCCCCACAAUAAGGAGAAGAAACCGCACAAGCUACCAAAUAUUUUUAAAAAGGCGUUGAUUCCUGGAGCAAAGGGAGGGGAGGGGGCCUGGUGUGUUGUACAUAGCUGUCAAGUUAAGGUUCACUUACCUUCCCCCCACCCCCAAGCUUUCACUUUUCCUUCAGCUUCCCUCCCUUCCCCAUAUCCACCCUCCGCUGGGCUCAGGCAAUACUAUAUGAUAAAGAAAACGUCUACAUUAAGCACCAGAACUACAAGAGGCCACAGAGACAGUCCCAGAAAAAUGUGUGUGACAUGUACCCAUCUCUGGCCAGCCCUCUUCCUCAGCCCUUAGUUAACCAUUCCCCUUUCUAGGACCAGGCAUUUAAAUUUACUUUUAGAAAUGUCCCUCGUUGGCUGAAAAUCUUUAAAUGAGUUGAAAGAAAGAGGAAAAAAAAGAGAAAGAAAGAAUGAAAGAAAAAAAGAAA